CUCCAAGUACGCGAAAUGAGAUUAAGACCACCGCAAGUCUCCCAUUUUGAAAAGCAAACUGGAUCUCUCUUGUGUAAAAAGGGCUCCAAGAUGACUUUCAAGAUGGAUUCCCGAAAGGUCUAAUGAGAGCGACAAGAUGAUACUUAGACGGGCCGUUGCCACGCCAUCCGAAGGGUACACACCAGUUAAGAUAUAGCUUAUUGUUCUGAGGAGGACUCUAUUAUCUUUAUCCCAGUAAUCCGAAGGCACUAUGGGGCUGACAGGACGACGAUAGCGCCGGCGCUUAAUUAGUUUUAGCAGAUAGGAGGACACUUGAUGACAGUUACCCUUUUCCCUUUUCUAUCUUCCUCUGGUUUUUCUUUUUUCUAGUUAAGGCGGCUCCACCACAAUUUAUCCCACAUAGUAGUAGAAGCAUGACAAACAAAUGUAUAACUGAACAUCACCACCAACACUCGUAUUUUUCUGCUAACCAGCACCAGCACGGGGAGAAGUAAGUAGACUCAUGAUCUAGAAUACCACCACUAAAUUAAAAGUUCAUCUAAAUUAGGAUUGGCCUCUCUGCAAAAUUACCGCACCAUACGCGAAGCCGAUCCGGACUUAGAGGAGAGCGUCGGCAGAAGGAAGAGCAGCAAAGACGCGUCGACGUCCAGUCAAGAUGUGACUCCGAGAGGAGCUGCGGCCGCGACUCAGCAGAGGUUUUUUACUCAGGAAUGCUUCGUCGAUUAAGGCUGUUGAACACACGUUGACUUAUCUUGUUCGCACGUCAUUUUUGUCUGCUUUCUGAUGUUUCCUCUUCUGGAAUUGAAAAUACGAGGAAGUCAAAAGAUGAACAAAUAUUUUGAGCGCUAAUUAGAAGGAACGGAGCCUGGGAAGUUACGAGAGCUGCUGAUUGAUGCUACCUACUCAGCUUUCGCGGCUAUGCUGGGCAACGAUCUGAUGAGAUCAAAACCUCAACGACAAUUGCCGAAGAACAUGGUCGACGACCUUCGAGUGGUUCGGCAGUUUCUCGACGGGCUGCGGAUUAACAACUUUGAAGCCUACAAGAUGAUCGAUCAACGAUUGCAGAGACAUUUUCAGAGACAAGACAUGUACUGGAGCGGC